AUGUAUGUGAAAUGCUUUGAUACAGUAAUGUUUUACUAUGUGAUUUUAGUGAAUGUCACUUUUUGUCAUUUUUUAAUUUCCCGCCGUUCCGUCCCCCGUAUGUCCCGACGCUCGCAGGGGAUGGAACCCAGAAGACAGAUGCCGGCAUCCGCCGGAUUACAUUGCGGGGACACUGCAGGAGGGACAUCGUGGGAGCGCAGGACAAGGUAAGUGAUGGGGGAUCGCGGAGCAGCGCUGCAGGGUAUUCCCGACUGUAGCUUGGGGUUACCGCUUUUGCUACACUCAGGAAUACCGCCAGGAAGGUUAAAGUAA